AUGAAAACUUACCAAGCGCUAACUCAUUUGGCGGGAACAACACCAAGUUCAAGUCUUAUGUCGGCUUACAUUAUAGAAGAAUGGUUUUACAACAAUCAAAAUAUAAAUCUUUAUGAUUACCUUUGCCGUGAAAACGUUCUAGACAAAUCUUCUCAAGGGUGCUUGGAUGAAAAAUCUCCAAAUCAACCAAAACAUUCACCAGAAUCACACCAGUCAGAUGAGUUAUAA